UCUGUCACUGCCUGCUGUUGCACAAUGCUGGGACUCCUGGGGCAAAUAGCGGCUGACAACCUGGCCCGUCGCACUGAAAAGGCCACUGAGGAAGCUGUUGAUGCACUAGGGGAAGUGGUGAAGGACGUGGUGGAGCACACCACUGAGGAUGGAGACCAAGCCCUUGAUGAAGCCUUAAAGAAUGCCCAAGAGUCGGGAGAGAAAGUUGUGAAGGAAGUCACUGAGAGUGUGACCAACAUUGUCACAGAUGCUGUCACCACACAAUAGAGGGCCUGGGCACACCAGGACAGUGAGCCUGUUGGCUAUCCUCUCUGAAUCUCAAUAAAA